AUGGCAAGCACUCAUAGUCAGAUGGAUGUAUCUGCUCAACCGAGUGAAUUAAUUCCAGCCGAUUGCCGCUCGAAAGUAGCGCUCUAUGCCGCAGGUGUUGUGUUGGGAAGUGCGCUCAUCGGCUAUUUCAUCGGUGUGCAAGUGACAAAAAGACGUGCAAAAGUGAACGAAAGAAUAAAAUUGUCCACAGAUAAGGUGGUGGACACAGUCGAUAUGGAAGAUAUCGGUGACAAAAAGGUUUUCUGCCGCUGUUGGAAAAGCGAAAAGGUUGAUUUUCUUUUGAUUUACGAGUUCACUCCAAUUCCGAGUCUCAAAUCGUCAGUGCAGUCAUCAUUCCAGUUUCCUUAUUGCGAUGGAAGCCACAACAAGCAUAACGCAGCCACUGGUGACAACGUCGGGCCGUUAAUAAUAAAGAAGGGUGAAUAA